AUGUCAACACCAGGGCCGGCGGGAGAUGGUGACUCCCUCUAUCAGCCUGCCGCCCGCCAAAAAGUUACGGCUUGGUUGAUUGGCGCAUGUCCUGUGCUGUUUGCUGUAGCCUGCGUGGUGAAUGGUGAACGUGUGUCGCUAUACUACCUAUCCUCUGUCUUCUGCUUUCCCCCGACCCCCCACCCCAGGAUCCGGCGCGGGUUUUCAGCUCACUCAUUUUCAUUUUCCGGCCGAGCUGGAUUCGUGAUUAAGGUAUCUCGGUCAGACGCUACGGAUUACUCUUGCGUAAUUGGCGCCAGCGUCGGUGAUCUGGGUCUGGUUUGUCAGGCUGCAAGCGGCGUACCACCAAUCGCAUUAUUAUUGUCGCGGCUGAAAAAGGCCGAUCUUGGAACCACGGCCUGCAGUUCUCGAAAGAAAUCGCUGCGCAAUAUGUCUCCGCGAUUCUGUUUCGGUGAUGGUACGCCGUCAGAAACCGCAAUCUGGGAGGAAUGCGUAAGUACCAAGCGUGCUGAGGUAUCAGAGCAUCUUCAACUGGUUCUACAAUCUGAUGCGCAGGUAGGUGGGUUGUACUACGUACUACAUACGACGAACGAACGUCGCGAAGAAGAGAAUACUUAG